CAGUCCACGUCCAGUGCGCACAAGUGUCGUGACGACGUACCCCAGUGUGCGCCCCUUUGACUGUCCCCAUUGGGCCUGGGCCUGAAGUGAGCAAUGAAAAGAAACAAACGGGACAUCCUGGAGAGGUUGAAUGCCGGGGAGGUGGUCGUUGGUGAUGGUGGGAUGGUUUUGCAGUUGGAGAGACGUGGUUAUGUGAAAGCUGGACACUGGACCCCUGAAGCAGCUGUUCAACAUCCUGAAGCAGUGCGCCAGCUGCACAGGGAGUUCCUCAGAGCUGGAGCUGAUGUACUUCAAACAUUCACCUUUUACUGCAGUGAUGACAAACUGGAGCUGAGUGGAAAUGUCACCAACAUCACUGGUACUCAGAUCAAUGAAGCAGCCUGUGACCUGGCCAGAGAAGUGGCUGAUGAGGGGAGUGCUCUGGUCGCCGGCUGUGUGUCCCAGACUCCCUGUUACCUGGAAAAUCACAACGAGGCCGAGGUUAAGUCUCUGUUUAAGAAACAGAUGGACGAAUUUCUCAAAAAGGACAUUGACUUCUUCAUAGCUGAGUUCUUCAGAUAUGCAGAGGAAGCCGCCUGGGCUGUAGAGGUGCUGAAGACCAGUGGUAAAACUGUGGGAGCCACAAUGUGCAUCUCUCCUCAUGGAGACAUGAGCGGACUGCCUCCUGGGGACUGUGCUGUGCGUCUGGUCAAAGCAGGAGCUGAUAUCGUUGGAGUAAACUGCCACUUGGACCCGACGGCUUGUAUCCAAACAGUGAAGCUGAUGAGAGAGGGGCUGGAGAGGGCAGGCCUCAAAGCCCACCUCAUGAUCCAGCCUCUGGGGUGUCACACUCCUGAAUGUAAUCUGACUGGUUACAUCAGUUUGCCUGAGUACCCUUUUGCGUUGGAGUGCAGGUCUUUGACUCGCUGGGAUGUGCACAAAUAUGCCAGGGAGGCAUACGAGGCAGGGAUCCGGUACAUCGGCGGCUGCUGUGGGUUUGAGGCCUAUCAUAUACGAGCCAUAUCUGAGGAGCUGCGAGCAGAGAGGGGCUUUCUCCCGCCUGCAUCAGAGAAGCACGGCCUGUGGGGGGCAGCACUGGAGAUGCACACAAAACCCUGGGUCAGAGCCAGGGCUCGCAGAGAGUACUGGGAAAAUCUAUUACCUGCAUCUGGGCGGCCCAGAUGUCCGUCAAUGGCCAAACCAGCGGAUGAAUGAAGAAAGACUACACUAGUGGACUGUUUAGUCUCACACAACUAUAUAUUUUUCUGUAUUUUAUAUAUGUGUACAAUAAAAGAAAGCUAUUUCUAAC